AAAAAUAGUUUCCACAUUGACUAGUUUAGAUCCUCCAGUUCACACAUAUCAUAGUCAACAUUCAAACCAUUCAUCUAACUUCAACCGCUGAAUUUUAAGUAUUCACAUACAACAAAGUGACAGAAACAUAAAUGCUGCAAUGCCUCUCCUUCAACUCGUUGACUCCUUCCUCACGCAACCUCACUCCACAUUCACAAGGUAAAUCACACUAAACUCUAACCUUUCUAUUUCAAUCACACCACCUGUUUGUAAAAAUGUCUCACUCAAAUUCAACCCAACAACAAACCCCAUCUCCAUCACCAAGCCCAAAUGUCUCCCGCGAAUUCGAUCGCGCCAUUCAAGCCCCUUCCUACAACGAAAUCCGCACCUUGAUCCAAACCCCUCAACCACACCUCAUCGGAAUUCAACAGCAAAACGAACAAGAUGAAGAUUCGCACCAUCGUGAUAUCCUCACCCGAGUUCUUCAACCCGACCCCAACAGCGUCCGUGAAACCCUCGCUAAAGCUAAACCCGAUAGCGCCCUCACCCACCUAGUUUCUUCCUACUUCGAUCACAGUGAAACAACCUCCCACCUUUGCCUCACCCUCGUCCGAACCAUCGACCGUGCAAGAGAAAUGUAUAACCUUGUCUCCGAACUUCUUUCCGUUCUCCCUUCAGAUAGCUCCUCCCUCUCUCAACCGCAAUGCGACACUGCUUAUGAUCUCUUCUUCCAAUUCAACCUCCGCGAUAACCCUUUUGUUUUCCCUUACUUUCAUACCAUACGCGACAGUUUCUCUGAUCUUAAAGACCAAAUUAAACUCGACCGUCGAAAAUGCCGCCACAGAACCCGUCUCUUCCGUAACGCCACAGUUGGAUGCGCUAUUUGUGGCGUCGCUACUGUAUUGAUAGCUGUUGUCACUGCUGUAAUUGUUGCCACACAUGCUUCUAUUGGAUUUGCGGUAAUUGCACCGUUUUGUAUUCCUUUUCACAAGAGAAGAAAGAGGAAGGCAUUGGCUAGGUUGAAGCAGCUUGAUGCUGCAGAGCGUGGAACUUUUGUUGUGAAUCAUGCGAACAACAUUGAUAGUCUUGUGGAUCGUCUUCAUACUGAGGUGGAAGGCUAUAAGAAUUCUGUUCGGUUUGCGUUGGAGAAGGGAAGAGAUAGGCAUCCGAUACAGAACGUAAUCAAGGAGCUUCGGAAGAAGCAGCCGAUUUUUGAAGAGUUGCUUAAAGAACUUGAGAAACAUAUAUAUCUAUGUUUUGAUGCUGUUAACAAAGCUAGACUUGCACUCUUCGAAGAGAUAUCACUUCCUCAAGCUUAGUAGUAAGAUAGUUUUCCGAUGCAAAUUUAAGAUAUGACUUUUGAGAUUUUCUCUAGUUGAUUCACAAUAGGUCUUACUAUUUUCUAGACCCUGUCAUUAUGAUAGUCUUCCAAGGGUUUCAUUGGAUAAUCACUGUUGAUUUGUGAUGCAUGCAAUUUGUUUAAGCUUGCACCUCUGAUCAACAAUUGUAACUACAUCAUAGGCUUCAUUUAUAAUUUGUAACAAUUUAUGAGAUGAUAUGUAUAAAUUGACAUGCUUUGAUGAUAUAAAGAACCAUUACCAUUGAAGGUAUUCACCAUUCGAUUAAUUCAUG